UGUCAAGGUCCAAGAGACACUGCUUGACUAAGCAGGAGAUGUGUUUCCGCGGAAGAAACCACGGCCGAUGCUACUGUCUGGGCCUGAGAUAGCCAAUUGCGACUUAAAAUUUCACGUUAGAUGGCACUCACACCUUACUGUGCAUCUCGCAAAGGAGCUCUUUGUUUCGAUGACGCCUGAUCAGACGUCGGUCCAAGAGCGAUGGUCAGUGCAUCCAAUGCGAUACUUUGGUGCACAAACCACAGACAUGAAACAAGGCUGUGUUUCAGAUGGGUAAGAAUCCUUUUCGCCAGACCCAUCUGCUUCCCUGACGACAUGUUCCGCUCUCGAGCAAAGAAGCGCAAAGAAGCCCACCAUAAGGAAGAAAUGUCGAGUAGAUUGAGGAUUAGUCGGUAUCCAGAGUCGCAAGUCCGCGUACAGUAUCUCCGACCAGAAGAAUUUGUCGACCAGCCAAGACGAGCACCGACGCCUGCGAAUACCAUUCGUUCAACAUUGACACCGAUGAGAGCGCUGCAAAGCGACAGAUCGCAACAAUCUGUGAAAUUUGUGCAUAUGAAGACGCAUUCUCCCAAGCAUAGUGCCGGCAGCAGGUUGCUGAGCAUGCAAGCUAUCGUGAGCUCAAACGCAGCGGGCCAGGAUGAAGUGAGCAAUUUGAUGGAUUACAACAUAUCUGAUCUCUGGAGCGCAGACUGGAAUGGCUUGAAGGACGCUCUGGCUUUCAACGUUGCAACGAUGCAACGGGCGUCCUCUGGAUCGAAGAAUUCUCGAGCUAAUCCGUCCAAUGAUGCCGCAGAUGCCACGCAGAUCAACACUUCAUCCGAUGAUCUAGGAGACAGUCAUGUAACCUCUGCAGCUAAAGUCAGACUGACGGGCGACAUCAGACUUGCGGGCAGUUCUGGCUCUUCACCUUUGCUUGCUCAAUACAGGCGUCGACUUCAAGAGGGCAUGCCAGCAGAAUUGCCUGUUCAAAUGCCAGUCAAAGAUGCCACAGGAUUCGCGAAUGGCGAGCAAGCACAUGCAGGAAAACCGCCUUCAACAAGCUCGCUUACUGCCCAGUGUCAACCACAGAUUAUCGAAACUCCAGAGAACCACUCUCCUGACUUUGAGGCUCGACUUGAUGCGUUGCAAACCCGCUUGGAUGAGCUGCAAAUCAAACGUCGCAGUGUACACGAGGAGUUCGACAUUCGUGAUAAGAUUGCCGAUAGAAUGGCUCAGCGAGAUGAGCAACAUGAAUCUGUCAUUGCCAAACAUGGCGUACGCAUGGACUUGCUCGAAAGAGCUAACAUUGAAGCUGACCAGAAACUUGCCGUCUUGCAAGCACAGAUUGAUCUGUGCAAAGAAGCCUUGGCCUUGUUACAAAUACCUGGGGCGAGUUCAGAUGGCGAGCCCAACCGAAAUGUGCAACCCCUAGUCGUCAGCAAGCAUGUUUCAUCGUCUGAAGCUCCCACCAUGCCUUCGAGUGCAGUUGAUAAAGGGAAAUCGCCAGAUUCUGCCGCGUACAGAGCAUCCAAGGCUAGGCGGAGAGAAAAGGAGAGCAUGCAACGAUACAAGCAAGAGUGUAUGCAGCAGUAUGAUUUGAUGCGUGCCCGUCAAGCACACAGCAACCAUGACAAGGUGACGUUGCCUGUUGGGAGUAUCUCGCAUGUUUCUAUCACACCAGCCCAGUACUCGACGCACAGUGUUGCCAGUGACAGCCCUAUUGUGCCAAGGACAAUGCCGUUGAUGCCAAGACAUGCUAAUACCAUGCCUGCUCGCAAGCCGAUCGAACCAGAGGUGGUGUAUGAAGAGAAGGCUGAGCUGAUGUACUUUCGUCCAGUCAGAAUUGACCAUGUAGGUCAGCAAAAGGCAACCCACAUAAUGCGUUGGGAGUCGAGAAGGUUGUAGAAUAUCAUUUGAAUUGCUGUUCUUUAAUAAUGAUUGCCUCAACAUCCUUGACAGCACUUGACCCUUUGAUGCGUCGCAGCACUUGUCCAAGAAACCAAUUGACAAUCUUUGGAUCUCCACCAUGUAAUUUGGCCGUUUGCGCUG